GAAGUUGUUAUUCUUUAAUAGGAAGAACAUUUUUUGUCUGAUUUUUCUGCUGAUAAAAAGCUCAGCAACCAGGAACGAGCAACACCAUGUGUGAGGUGGCUGGCUGUGGUGCCAGGCGUGGAAUUUGGGGUGUUGCUGGAAGGGCCCAAGCCCAGCCCAAGGCACCUCCUGAUCAGAAGAGCAGCAGGGAAAGGAGUGAUGGUGGUGUGUGCCCUGGGAGCACUGACACUGUGCAAGGGCUGCCAAACCACUCUGUGUGUCCAGAAGUUUUUACUGCUACUGAGGUCCCAAUGGAAGCAGGAAACUGAACGUGCAGCUCUGAGACAAUCCUGGACAAGACACUGGGAAGUUGAGUUGCUCUAUCUGUGAGCCUGGACAUUUGCAGAGGUGCAAGCAGAUGAGCUUUGACAGCCCAGGGAGAAUCAUGAAGCCUUGAUCUCAAACUGGCUCCUGGCUGGAUGAUCUGCAACCUGAUCCCAUUUGUGUGCUUAGCAGCAGAGCAGGGGAAAUUUUGGGGAAAACAAUUCACCUGUUAUUUUGGGAAAAACAAUUCACCUUCACUUAGAAACUCUUCCCAUUUGGAGAGGGGUAUCCAGGCAUAAACUGUUUGUUGCUUUACUGAGGCAAGCAAGCUGACUAGCUGCUCUGUUUAGUGUGAACUGAUUUGGUAUGCACACCAGCAAAACCCUGGUAUGACUGAAAGAAAACAGAAAAAUAUUCUCACAUAUUUUCAAUUGAAGGAAAGCAUUCGGCUCUUGCAUUCAUCAGUAACUAUUUAAUGAAUAAUAAAAAUAGUCACUGGGGAUUCAUUGACAGGUGGGAAGUGAUUAACUUCUAGCAACUAUUGUGAAAAUGGACCAAAUUCUAAUGUCUGAACACACAACGUCUAAUUUUUCUUGUUUUUCCUUUUUUCUAAUUGAAUUUUUGUAUUUUGAAAAGAUUACUUCAUUUAGUUACUUCUAUUAAUAAACUAAGACAGGAAAUGCCAAUGUUUUAUUCACAGAUUUUUACAGGUAUUUUGCAAUUUUAAUUAGUCUGCUGCAAAGUUUUCUUUUUAAUUAUAUUCAGUGUCACACUUCUCUGACAGAGAACAGAAAAUAAAAACCUGUUUGAUCCUGAGUUACCCAUUAACAACAUAUUCCCAAGCUGUCUAACUAUAGAAGCAGCUGCAAAAAAGGCAAGAGUGGUAACUCUCUAUAUAUAAAUAAUUCCUGGUUUUGUCUUUAAACUGCAUCCUUGGUAAUGACACAGCCCCUUGCAUCAGAUAAAAAGAAAGCUCCACCUUUCUUCCAAGAUCCUUCUGUCACCCUGCAUAAAACCUGUAGGAGCGACAGGUUUUGAAGCAUAUUCCCAUUUUUAGGGAAAGGGGCUGAGAAGCCACGGAUAUUUCAUUAUAAUGCCACAAGAUUUAUCAGCAACACCUGAAACCCCCAAAGAAGAUGACAGACCCAAGUGGGACAAUAAGUUCCAGUACAUUUUGAGCUGUAUCGGAUUUGCCGUUGGCCUGGGGAACGUGUGGCGCUUUCCAUACUUGUGUCAGAUACACGGAGGCGGGGCUUUCCUGAUCCCAUACUUCAUCGCUCUUGUCUUUGAAGGAAUCCCACUGCUACACCUCGAGCUGGCCCUUGGGCAGUGCCUGAGGAAAGGCAGCAUUGGAGCCUGGAACACCAUCUCUCCUUACCUUGGAGGCAUUGGAGUUGGUUCAUGGAUGGUGUCGAUCCUGGUGAGCUUAUUCUACAACACUGUGUUAACUUGGGUGAUGUGGUAUUUAAUAAACUCCUUCCAAGAACCUCUUCCUUGGAGUGUUUGUCCUCUAAAUGAAAACAGAACAGGGUUUAAUGAAGAAUGUUAUGAAAGCACUGCAGUAAAUUAUUUCUGGUACAGGAAAACAUUGAACAUAACACCUGAUAUUGCUGAGAGUGGCACGUUCCAGUGGUGGCUCAUUUUGUGCUUAGCAGCUUGCUGGGCAAUUGUCUAUCUCUGCACCAUCCGAGGAAUUGAAAGCACAGGGAAGGCAAUUUAUGUCACAGCAAUAUUUCCAUAUCUGGUCCUGACUAUAUUCCUUAUUCAAGGACUCACUCUACCAGGAGCCACUGAAGGUCUGAUUUACCUCUUCACCCCUAAUCUGAACACUUUGAAAAAUCCCCGUGUAUGGCUUGAUGCAGCUACACAGAUUUUCUUCUCUCUCUCUUUGGCUUUUGGAGGGCUUAUUGCAUUCGCGAGCUACAAUCCAGCAAAAAAUGACUGUGAAAAGGAUGCUGUGACAGUAGCAAUUGUGAACAGCAUGACAUCCCUCUAUGCUUCCAUCCCAGUCUUUUCUGUUUUGGGGUUUAAAGCAACCACAGCCUACUGGGACUGCUUGGACAGGAACAUUAUCAAUAUCAUCAAUGAAUUUGAUCUUCCAGAAGAAAGCAUCAUGCGACAGAACUAUACAUCCUGGAUUAGUUUUUUGAAUUCAUCAUAUCCAGAAAAAAUUGCUGGGCUCAAACUGAAAAGCUGUGAUCUUCAAGAAUUUCUUGAUCAGAGUGUCUCAGGAACUGGCUUGGCUUUCAUUGUUUUCACUCAAGCUAUCAUCCUCAUGCCAGGCUCCCAAGCCUGGGCCAUCCUGUUUUUCAUCAUGUUGUUCAGCUUGGGCCUUUCUUCGAUGUUUGGAAACAUUGAGGGUGUCUUCACUCCUCUUCUAGAGCUUCAAAUUCUACCUAAAUCAGCACCUAAAGAGCUAUUGUCUGGUAUAAUAUGUCUAAUUAGCUUCCUCAUUGCUCUGUGUUUUACACUGGGUUCAGGGAGUUACUGGAUUGACAUUUUUGACAGAUAUGCAGCUUCAGUGCCUCUUCUAGUCAUCGCUUUUUUUGAAGUGAUUGGAGUUGUGUACAUCUAUAAAAUUAAAAGGUUCAGUGAAGAUGUGGAAUGGAUGACCGGAAGAAAACUCAGUCUCUUCUGGCAGAUCACAUGGAGGUUUAUUAGCCCUCUGCUCCUGCUAAUUGUCUUCAUGGCCUUUGUUACUCUUCAGAUGCAGAAGCCACCAAGCUACACAGCCUGGAACCCUAACUAUGAAGGCUUCCCCAUGAAAGAGGAGAAAGUUUAUCCACCUUGGGUACAGGCCAUUUGUGUGCUGCUGGCUGCCCUUCCUUGCGUGUGUGUACCUCUGGUAGCGCUCUUCCACCUGGCCAAACAAAAGCGCAGGAGCAAGGAGCCAAGCCUUGUACCACCAGAAGUCUCCUCCUGUCAGGAGGCUAACAGUAACUUUUCUCAUCCAAAAGAAUAAACAUCCAUUGUACCUGUGCAAUGCAAAAAUAAGACAGCCUUUGUUACACAUUAUUAGCUGUCAUUUAGUAUCAUCCAACCAACCUGGGAUACAGUUCAUAUGCUAACAGCAAUCACCACACUCUGUAAACAAUGCUGUUGUGUUUCCUUCAAUUUCAACCAAUUUCACAACUUCAUGUAUCUCUCCAGCCAGAAUUUAAACUUAGAAAGCCUGUCAAGUAUUGUUGCUGGCUUCUGUCUUUCUUCAUUUUUAAAAUACUGGUCUAUUUCCAAGGAUCAGCAACAUAGAUUGCAACACAAGGACGCACAGUUUUAUUCACUGCCCUGCCCCUCUGCUCCAGGAGACGGAGAAUGGGAGCCCUCUAACAAUAAGGACUGCUCCUUACCAGUACACUCUAAUUUUUGUAAAUC